CUUUUUUAGGGUUUGCCGCUUAACCAGACUCCCCCAAAUCUAGAGAGAGAGUGAGGUGAAGAUAGAGUGAGAGAUACGAAGAUCUUCGUUCUCACUGUUUCUUCGUUUAAUUCGUCGAUUUUUUUAAGAGAAGUUCUUAAAAGUUUGGAUCUUUCUGUUCAGCUCGAACCGGCGACGUUUCGAUUUUGGGAGCAAAUCUGCGUUGUGGAGACGAUGGAAGAAGUUCAGCCACCAGUGACUCCACCCAUUGACCCUAAUGGGAAAAGAAGUGAAGCUACUCUCUUGGACUUAUGCGAGAAAGUUCUUUCCCUUGAAGGGAGCGUUUGCGAUGAAGCUUUGAAGUUGUUUUCAGAAACCAAACGGAUCUUGUCAGCAAACAUGGCUAACAUUGGAAGUGGAACGCGGGAGGAAGUGGAGAGGUUCUGGUUUGCGUUCAUUCUCUAUUCAGUGAAGAUGCUUCUUACCGUGAGAAAACAAGUGGACGGACAGUCAGUGUCUGGUGAUAAUGGGUUUAAUCUGUGUCAGAUCCUGAGGGCUCUGAAGCUAAAUAUUGUGGAUUUUUUCAAAGAAUUACCUCAGUUUGUGGUCAAAGCUGGUCCUGUGCUUUGUGAACUUUAUGGUGCUGACUGGGAGAACAGACUUCAGGCAAAGGAGUUGCAGGCGAACUUUGUACAUCUUAGCCUUCUAAGCAAAUACUACAAGCGUGGGUACCGGGAGUUCUUCUUGACAUACGAUGCAAACGCCGAAAUGACAUCAGCAAACUCUGCUAGUUACUUGCCGGAUAGUUACCGUUUUGGAUGGUUACUCUUUCUAGCACUCCGAAACCAUGCUUUUAGUCGAUUUAAAGACCUUGUGACAUGCACUAAUGGCCUAGUUUCUGUAUUGGCUAUUUUGAUCAUACACGUUCCUUGUCGGUUUAGAAACUUCAGCAUCCAAGACUCCUCACGCUUUGUUAAGAAAGGUGACAAAGAUGUAGACUUGGUUGCAUCACUUUGCAAGAUAUAUGACGCCUCAGAAGAUGAGUUGAGGAAAAUAAUGGACAAGGCAAAUAAUCUGAUAGAAACAAUACUGAAGAAGAAGCCAUCUCCAGCAUCUGCAUGCAAAACUGACACGCUAGAUAAUAUUAACCCAGAUGGAUUGACUUACUUUGAGGAUUUACUGGACGAAACAUCCAUCUCAACUAGCUUGACCACACUAGAAAAAGACUACGAUGAAACAGUCUGUAAUAAAGGCGAGCUUGAUGAGAGGGUGUUCAUCAACGAAGAGGAUAGCUUACUUGGAUCCGGAAGCUUAUCUGCAGGAGCUGUAAACAUCACCGGCGCUAAGAGGAAAAUUGAUUCUUUGAGCUCACCCGCGAGGACAUUUAUAAGUCCGCUCUCUCCUCAUAAGUCACCCGCCGCAGCUAAGACAACUGUUACAGCAACACCAGUGAGCACAGCGAUGACAACUGCCAAAUGGCUCAGAACCGUUAUAUGUCCGCUUCCGCCAAAGCCUUCUCCUGGUUUGGAGCUUUUCUUGAAAUCUUGCGAUAGGGAUAUAACAAACGAUGUCACAAGAAGAGCGCAUGUGAUACUGGAAGCUAUUUUUCCGAACAGCUCUCUUGGGGACCAAUGCGCAGGCGGGAGCUUGCAGCCUGUUAACCUCAUGGAUGACAUAUGGGCGCAGCAGCGAAGAUUAGAAGCUGUGAAGCUAUACUACAGAGUCCUCGAGGCGAUGUGUAAAGCCGAAGCUCAGAUUCUGCACGUGAACAACUUGAACUCUUUGCUGACGAACGAGAGGUUCCACAGAUGCAUGCUGGCUUGCUCGGCCGAGCUGGUUCUGGCGACUCACAAAAGCAUCACGAUGCUGUUCCCGGCUGUUCUGGAGAGGACUGGGAUCACGGCCUUUGAUCUCAGCAAGGUGAUUGAGAGUUUCAUCAGGCACGAGGAUUCUCUGCCUAGAGAGCUGAGACGGCAUCUCAACUCGCUGGAGGAGCGGCUUCUGGAGAGCAUGGUGUGGGAGAGAGGCUCCUCGAUGUACAACUCUCUGAUCGUCGCCAAGGCACCGCUUGCGUUGGAGAUUAACCGGCUCGGAUUGCUAGCUGAACCGAUGCCGUCUCUUGAUGCGAUUGCAGCUCUUAUUAACUUCUCUGAAGGUUCAUCAAAUCAUGUCCAAAAGCCUGAAGCAUGUCCAGGACAAAAUGGAGAUAUUAAAUCGCCCAAAAGACUGUGUACUGACUACCGCAGCAUUCUAGUUGAACGCAGCUCCUUUGCAUCACCAGUAAAGGAUCGUCUGUUGGCCUUAGGCAACGUUAAAUCCAAGACGCUGCCACCUCCGUUGCAGUCUGCAUUUGCUACUCCCACACGGCCUAACCCAGGAGGCGGAGGAGAAACUUGUGCAGAAACUGGUAUCAAUAUAUUCUUCACUAAGAUUAAUAAAUUAGCUGCGGUUAGAAUCAACGGGAUGGUGGAAAGGCUACAACUUUCGCAGCAAAUAAGAGAGAGUGUAUACCGUCUCUUCCAACGUGUGCUUGCUCAGAGGACUUCUCUUUUGUUUAAUCGCCAUAUUGACCAGAUCAUUCUCUGUUGCUUUUACGGAGUGGCCAAGAUAUCCCAAAUGAGCCUGACGUUCAGGGAAAUCAUAUACAACUAUAGGAAGCAACCACAGUGCAAACCACUGGUUUUCCGCAGCGUUUUUGUGGAUUCGUCACAGGGUCGCCGUCAAGGGAGAGUAGGACCUGAUCAUGUUGACAUCAUCACAUUCUACAACGAUGUAUUUAUCCCCGCUGUAAAACCGUUGCUGGUGGAGAUAGUUCCUGUGAAAAAGGACCAUGCCAUGGAGGCCAAUACUAAUCCUGAAGGUCAUUGUCCUGGAUCGCCAAAGGUGUCGGUGUUUCCAAGUGUUCCAGACAUGUCCCCUAAGAAAGUAUCAGCUGUGCAUAAUGUUUAUGUUUCUCCCCUUAGAGGGUCAAAGAUGGAUGCUCUUAUCUCACACAGCACAAAGAGUUACUACGCUUGUGUUGGAGAGAGCACACAUGCUUACCAGAGCCCUUCAAAAGACUUAUCUGCCAUCAACAACCGCUUGAACAACAGCAACAACAGCAGCAACCGCAAGCGGACGCUUAAGUUUGACGUAGAAGCAGGACUGGUUAGCGAUUCCAUGGUAGGAAACAGUCUAUCCCUUCAGAACCAAAACCAAAACGAGACCGAUGCUUCAAAUCAAAACCAAAAUGGAAGUGAUGCGUCGUCUUCAGGUGGUGCCCCCUUUAAAACCGAGCCACAAGAUUGAUAAGAGUAUCAAACAAACGCCAGCUUCUCUUCAGCUAUGUACAUUAUUUUCAUAUAGAGUUUGUUUUCUACGUUUAGCUUUCUGGUGAUCACCUCAGGGCCUCAGGCUAUGAGCGGAUGGAUCUUUUUUUUAUUGUUUUUUUCUCACAUUAAUAAAUAUGUUAUCAACAGUGCAUAUUAUUACUGCUUAACACUUUAAUGGAUUACUCCUUUUUCUUGAAAA